AGGUUUUUGACAAGCGACAAUCGUUUGGAUGUUGCGUUUUGGUAGAUUUUUAGUAAUCGAAAAUAGAAUCUUAGAAAUGUUCUAAUUUCUAUGUUUCAUUUGAUCAUCGGGGUAGAUUAUGCGAAGAUCAUAAUUGCAUUGUUAUUCUUAUCAAAUAUUCAUAUGAAUUGACCUGGCCAACGAAUGUAUCGACCAUUGUAAUAAGUAGCAACAGUAUUUUUAAGUUGUGUUAUUCAAGGAACAGUGAAGAUUUUUUUAAAUAGUGAAAAAUUGUUUAUGACCGUCCUGAGGUCAUAAACUAAAGUGUAGUGAAUCAAGAUGGAGCUCCCAGACUGCCCUCCUGGUGCAGAGGGAUAUCAAGAUUCUGUCACUGAAGUACCUAAGAAACCAGACUUAGAAACUAGUACCAAGGCUGAGCAGGAGUUUCUGGAACAUUUGAACAGUUUGAAGAUCAAGGUUGAAGAUGACUCGAUCAGGUGUAUGGUGGAGCGACGUGGGCGCGAUAUAUCGGGGAAAUGGAUCUACCUGUGCUUUCCUUGCGCAGCUGUAUGCAGCGGCGAGACUGUAUUACAGACUCACAUUUCGGGGAAAAAGCACAAAACAAAGUUAUCAUCUAAAACUAUUUGGCCGAAAUCUAUAUUCGAAGAGCAUCCUUAUCUCCUCAAUGAAAGGGGAGCAAAUUCUAAAUCUGGAGCCACAUCGAGCGUUCUCAAAAAGAUGGCUGAAGAAGUGAAUUUGCAUAAUGCUACAACGAUUGAGCAUAAGUAUAACUGCUAUAAGAGUCUGCCAACUCACAUUCAACAUAUUUUAGAUGAAACCAAAGCGCCUCUCUUAGGCGUGGAGUAUCUAGUGGAACAUCCUCCAGAAGAGGCCCAUCACGAGCCCUCAUACGUCUGUACGCUGUGUAAUAAGCAUGGACACCCCCGAACCAUUGUCAACCAUCUCACGUGCUUUUGGCAUCGGCACACAUAUCUCGCGCACCACUUCCCGAAGGCGACGAACCUGCUGCAGCCGUACCGGCGCAGCCACAAGGCCGGCUACGCGAUGAUCGUGAGCCGCCUCGCGCACUGCAUCGAGCACAAGUACGGCCGCAUGAAGCCCGUGCACUGGCAGAAGGAGGAAUAUGAGGCUAACAAGGAUCAGAUACUAAAAUUGAUAUUCAAAGGGAAACAUUUUGCCGAGGUCGAGAACUGCACUUUUGAAGAAGUUGUUGAUAUUGAUUUACUAACUUCACUUGAUGCAGGCCGUGGACAACAAGUUCCACACGAACCAUCGCCACCGCGUGUUGCAGCGCCUUCGAAACCCCAAUUUAAGCCUAGUGAGGCUGGUCGAAAGCGUGAGAAUAUAUCGGUGGAGUCUCUGUCAGACCUUAGCGAAGAGGACGAAGCUACGAAAUUUGUGCGCUACGGGAAAGCUAAUUAUAGGGUGGGACGCCGAUUUUCUCCUUAUGGACGUGCAGAAGCCCCAAUACCAGUUAAAAACCGUAAAAUUGACACCAAUGCUAAUAACCAACGAGGGGACAAGAGGAGCCGGCCCGGAAAUUACGACUUUAAAGUGAAGAAAGCUAAAGAGCAGCGUAUGGAGGCAGAAGUGACGGCUAGAAAAAUGCUGGCCUACCAUGAGAAGAAUCCUGAAAAGCAUCCACUCUAUCCUGAGGAGUGGAAGAAGUUCUGGAACCGUCGCUAUAAGGAGUUGCAAGCAGAUGGAAAAGACCCGGCGAAGCACGACUUCAAACCGGAGUGGAUAACGUUCUGGACGGGGCGUAUGAAGGAGCUGCAUGAGGAGGAAUUGCGCAUCACAGUACACGAGAUAUAUCGCAAAUUCAGCCUCCCAGCACCCGAUGAUAAGGAACCGUCUCCGCCGAAAGAGGAGCCAAGAGUGGUGGAUAAGAGGAAGUCACCAAGACGUAUUUCUCCAUACAAACGGUUCGAGAGACGCAGGUCACCGGAGAGACGAAGGACGCCGGAACGUAGGAGGUCUCCAGAGAGGCGGAGGACGCCGGAGCGCAGACGCACGCCUGACAGACGGAGAACUCCUGAACGGCGACUUAGGUCGCCCGAAAGAAGGUCCAUCGAAAGGAGGGAUAGAUGGAUAAAGGAUCGCCGCACGCCACCCCGCAGACGCUCACCAGUUAGACAUCUCAAAACUCGAUCUAGAAGCCCUGUCUAUAGGAGCGAAGAGAACAAUAUGUCACCCUGGGACUCGGACGAUUCCUUGGGCUCGCUACCGGACGUGCCGGAGCCGCGCUCGCGCUCGCGCACCGGCAGCCUCGCGUCGCGCGCAUCGCGCAUGCGCCGACCCGACAAAGAGUUUCUACCCGAGCACAAAGACUUCAAAGAGCACAAGGACACUAUGAAUGAUUUCGGCGGUGCACCAGACAACGUGGUGGCCACGUUGCGGCUGCUGGUGGCGCUCGAGGACCAUCUGGGUAGCCUCGGGCCGAAGGUCGUUGAUCUGUUGGCGGAGGCGAUACGGAUGGAAAAGGAGAAGCCGAACUCGUCGGAGCAGCUGCUGGAGCGCGAGGCGGCGCUGGUGCUGAUCGAGACGGCGAAGGAGAAGCUGAAGGGCGCGCUGCAGGCCGGCCUGGUGGCUGGCGGCGCCGCGGCCGCCGCGCGCACCGCCGUCGUGCGCGCCGCCGCCACGCUGCACGAGGCGGACACGCGCGCCAGGAACACCCAGAAGGAAGCACAAGCGAGCGCGCAAAGUGCGGGCAAGAAGAGCGGCGUGCCCGUAGCGGGCGUGGGCGAGGUCGACCGCGAGGAGAUCGCGCAGCAGAUGGCCGCCGCGCUCAUCGCACAGGGCAAGACCGACGUGUCGUCCGAGGAGCUCGCGCAGCUGGUUGACGCUGUGGUUGGAAUGGCGGAAGCUAAAAAGAGAGAAGCAAAACUUAAAGAGCAGGCUCGAGUAAUAGAAGCAAAACCUCCACCUGAGGAACCAAGUGCGUCAAGUGCAGCAUCUGCAUUGCAACUGUUACAAUCUGCUUAUGACGAUAAAAAGACCGACAAGGAAGACGCGGUGGACGCAAUGGACGGCCUUUCCGACUCCGACCUAGAGACGCUGCUGAAGAACUUCAACGAGCUGUCAGCAGAAGAGCAGCACAGUCUGAUAGCGUACUUAAAGAAGCUGGAGGCCCGCGAGCCGCAGCGCGUGGAGAGGCUGCGGCAGUACGUGAGCGCCGACGCACCGGAGCCGCGCGACCCGCCCGAGUUUCGCGAGCCUCGUGACCCCCGUGACCCGCCUGAGCCGCCCAAGGAGGACGUCAGGGUUGUCAACAUAGAGAGCGACGACGAUGAUUAUGCUGUGGAGGAGGUGUUUAAGUCUGCGACAGAGAAAGUAAAAGAGAAUCAAAUACGACAGGAGAUGGAAAUUGUUAAGAAAUCAAUAGAAGAGGCGAAAUCGACCCCAACGGAGAUCGAAGCAAGCAGCGCAGCGGCGGUGUUCGAAUUCGCUAAGAACAUUUCCUCCGCCUCAGAUCUUUUAGCAUUAGUUCAAGCUUCAAUACAAUCCAGUCAAGCCGCUAGUACAGCGCCUAUCGUGCAAACGAUGGACCCGACGCCCAUCACUUCUGUACAACCAAGAUCUUUUGGUGACCCGCAGGAUCAAAUGGAAAGGAAACCAUAUAACCAUUUGGAUGAUCUUGGUACUCAAAAUCGAAUACCAACUUUGGGGGGAAAUACAGGUUCCUUAGGAGGAAAUCAAGGUUCCUUAGGAGGAAAUCAAGGUUCCUUAGGAGGAAAUCAAGGUUCUUUAGGAGGAAAUCAAGGUUCUUUAGGAGGAAAUCAAGGUUCCUUAGGAGGAAAUCAAAGUUUCGAUAGUUCGAAUAAUUCUUGGCAAACAAAUUCCUUUUUCGAUGUUGGCGUCAACCAACAACAGAGUAGUAACUUUAAUGCUUAUCAAAUGCAACCCAUGCCACUGGGCAAUUUUAACAUUCCUCCUCUAGUGUCACAAAAUGAUUUUAAUUCAGGUCCAAAUAGAGAUAUGCAAUAUAAUCAACCGCAAAUGCCUCAGAGCAACUUUAACGCCCCUGGCAAUUUUAAUAAUUCAUAUCAACCACCAUCGGGUAAUCAAUUUAGUCAAGCUUCUAGAGGGAAUUUUAUGAAUGGAAGACCACAGGAUAAUCAUCAAAACAGACAUAAUAAUCCUAAUCAGCAGCAGUUCGGAAAUAGGCAGUUUGGAAACUAUGAGCAGAAUAAUUACAGAGGUCGAGGAAGAGGUUACGGAGGAUCCCAAAGAGGUCGGGGUAGGGGUUACUAUUAGUAUUAACUUAGGAUUAUAAGUAUGUUUUAAAACUUGUCUCAAAAACCAUAAUGGUUUAUGAAUAAUG